AUGACUGACGUCCCACCAACCGAGUCCAUUCCCAAACCAGAGGAACAUAAAGAACCACAACAGUCUCCUCAGCAACCUCAGUUCCAGCAAGUACCUCCGAAUUACUACCAAUUUCCACCUCAAGGUUACUACCCACCACAAGGCUUCCCGAACUACCCUCCUCAGCCUAUGCCUUACUUCCCCAACCCUUGGUUGUUCCGGCAAGCUCCACCCCAGCAAUUCCAAUCCCAAUCUCAAUCCAAGAGAGACCAAGACUUCGAAGAAGGUCUGAACCGCUUACGCAAAGAGUAUGCUACAGCUCCAAUUGAGAGAAAGUUGUUCCCGGACCAAAAAAUAAUGUUUAGGGUAGAAGGUUAG